UAUGCGUUUAUUCUAUAAAUUGGCAAUAAUAAGACAACCGAUUUUCAAAUGGAUAUUCCAAAAACACAAAUUCUUGGAUAAAUUCUAGUAGGUACCAAAAUGUAAUUUUUUAAAGAAAUUAAGAUCAAAUUAUGUAUGUAGGUAUUACUGGUAGGACGUAGGUAUAAGAAUUAAUUUGUCUCUUUUUAUAAAAAAAAGUUUUUAUUGGAUCUGAAUUGUCUUUUGCGUUUUGUACGUGCCCACGCAAAUUUUAAUUUUUCCUGUAUUUCUGGGAACCUUCGUCUGAAGCCCACUCGUUCUCCUGUAUCGAUCAGAGUUUUCCGAGGGAAAUCUCUACCCCAGGUAAAAUGCGCCUGCCCUAAGGAAGCAAUGUUUGUGGCCCAGAAGUAUAACGAACGUGUUAAAAUAAAGUCGGUAAUUUGCCUUUUUUAUUUCCUACAUUAAAAAUGGCUCUAUUGCCCUACGUUUUCGAGGAUAAUCUUUUUAAACAUCACAAGCUCUAUCAGUGGGUGGAACCAGAUGAUUUACACGAUUGGCCUAUGAUUUUACCAAACAGAUCUCUACGAAACCAAUUUGAUCCUGGUACCAUAAUAACAGCUGAUGAAGAUCAUUUCCAGGCCAAUGUCGAUGUUCAACAAUUUCGACCUGAGGAAAUAUCAGUAAAAAUGAUUGAUGAUCAUACUGUAAAAGUUGAAGCCAAGCAUGAGGAACAACCGGAUGGACAUGGACUUAUUUCCAGACACUUUGUCAGACGUUAUCUCCUACCAAAAGAGUGCGACUCUAGCAAACUACGAUCUCAACUUUCCUCUGAUGGCAUUCUAGUGAUUUCAGCUCCAAAAAAGGAAAUCGAUGGUAAAGAAAUUCCUAUUUUUCAUACAGGACGGCCUAUAAUCAGGAGACCGCAUUUGUGGCCCAGUCGCCGAGGUGAUAAAAAGAGGAGACUUAGUGCUUCAACUUGAAGAAAAAUAGAAAAUCGAGUACAUUUAUAAUUUAUGCAUACAUAUCAGCCAAAAAAGAUCUCAGAUCUGUCCAAAUUCUUGCCAAUACAUAAUAUACCUAUAUAAAGUACAAAAUAUUAUGCAGGAAAAUAUACUCUUCAAAUUAGGCGAGGUUUAGAGCUUAUUUUUUUAGCUUUUUUUGAAUAAUUUAUAUUUACUUAGUGCACAAUGUCUAUUUUGCUGUGUCCAGAGCAAUGAGAAAAUAUAUAUUGAUGGAUAAG